CUCCAUCAUCUGAAAAUCCCAAUGGUGCUACCUGUAGUGUAAGUCAGGGAAAGCCAUCUUUAAGAAGAAUAAAAGGGAGAAUACACAGAAGCAAAAGUCUCGACAGCAUUGAUUUCUGUGAAUUCACUAGCACAACAAUGGAAGAAACAGCUAUAUGGGAACAACACACAGUGACUCUUCACAGGGCCCCUGGAUUUGGAUUUGGUAUUGCAAUAUCUGGAGGAAGAGAUAAUCCUCACUUUCAGAGUGGUGAGACAUCCAUAGUUAUUUCUGAUGUUCUGAAAGGAGGCCCAGCAGAAGGAUUGCUACAAGAAAAUGACCGUGUUGCAAUGGUUAAUGGAGUUUCAAUGGAUAAUGUCGAGCAUGCAUUUGCUGUUCAGCAGCUGAGGAAAAGUGGGAAGAAUGCCAAAAUUACUAUCCGAAGGAUGAAGAAAAUUCAGAUUCCAGUGGCCCGACCAGAACCUGAACCAGUGUCCGAAAAUGAGGAUGAUAGCUAUGAUGAAGAGCUACGUGACCCAAGAAGCAGCCGUGGUGGUCCAAGUGCCAACAGAAGGCAUGAGAAGAGCUGGGUAAGAGACCGAAGUGCUAGCAGAGAGAGAAGCUUAUCGCCGAGGUCAGACAGAAGGUCGGUUACUUCCAGUCAGCCUGCAAAGCCUACCAAAGUGACACUGGUGAAAUCCAGGAAGAAUGAAGAGUAUGGUCUACGGUUGGCAAGCCACAUAUUUGUGAAAGAAAUAUCACAGGAUAGCCUGGCAGCAAGAGAUGGCAAUAUUCAGGAAGGAGAUGUUGUACUGAAGAUAAAUGGCACAGUGACAGAAAAUAUGUCCUUAGCAGAUGCAAAAACACUAAUAGAAAGGUCAAAAGGCAAGUUGAAGAUGGUUGUUCAGCGAGAUGAACGAGCUACACUGUUGAAUGUCCCUGAUCUUUCUGACAGUAUUCAUUCUGCUAAUGCCUCAGAAAGAGAUGACAUUUCAGAAAUUCAGUCGCUGGCAUCAGAUCAUUCCAACCGAUCACAUGACAGGCCCCGCCGCAGUCGUUCACGAUCUCCUGACCAGAGGUCAGAGCCUUCAGACCAUUCCAGACAUUCUCCACAGCAGCCCAGCAACGGCAGUCUUCGAAGCAGAGAAGAUGAGAGAAUAACUAAACCUGGAGCUGUCUCUACACCUGUGAAAAAUGCAGAUGAUAUUUCUAAAACUAUGGAAGAGGUGGCAGUUGAAAGAACUGAAAAACAAACUCCACCGCUCCCAGAGCCAAAGCCAGUUUAUGCACAAGGAGGCCAGCCAGAUGUGGAUUUACCAGUCAGUCCAUCUGAUGGUCCUUUAUCCAAUUCAACCCAUGAAGAUGGAAUGCUUCGGCCCAGCAUGAAACUUGUAAAAUUCAGAAAAGGAGAUAGUGUGGGCCUGCGACUAGCAGGUGGCAAUGAUGUUGGCAUAUUUGUAGCUGGUGUUUUGGAAGACAGCCCUGCAGCAAAAGAAGGACUAGAAGAAGGGGAUCAGAUUCUCAGGGUAAAUAACGUAGACUUCACAAAUAUCAUCAGAGAAGAAGCUGUCCUUUUUUUGCUUGAUCUUCCUAAAGGAGAAGAAGUAACUAUUUUGGCACAGAAGAAAAAAGACGUUUAUCGUCGCAUUGUUGAGUCAGAUGUAGGAGAUUCUUUCUAUAUCAGAACUCAUUUUGAAUAUGAAAAGGAAUCUCCUUAUGGACUAAGUUUCAACAAAGGUGAAGUGUUCCGUGUGGUGGACACUCUGUACAAUGGCAAAUUGGGUUCAUGGCUGGCAAUUCGAAUUGGCAAGAAUCAUAAGGAAGUUGAAAGAGGUAUCAUACCUAACAAAAACAGAGCUGAGCAACUAGCUAGUGUGCAGUAUACACUUCCAAAGACAGCAGGAGGAGAUCGAGCGGAUUUCUGGAGAUUCCGUGGCUUGCGCAGCUCCAAGAGAAACCUCCGAAAAAGCAGAGAAGACCUUUCUGCCCAACCUGUGCAGACCAAGUUUCCUGCCUAUGAAAGAGUUGUUCUUCGGGAAGCUGGGUUUCUCAGACCUGUUACCAUUUUUGGUCCAAUAGCUGAUGUUGCACGGGAGAAACUUGCUAGAGAAGAACCAGAUAUCUUUCAAAUUGCAAAAAGUGAACCAAGAGAUGCUGGUACUGACCAACGUAGUUCUGGCAUUAUUCGUCUCCACACUAUAAAACAGAUAAUCGAUAGAGACAAACAUGCUUUAUUAGAUGUCACUCCUAAUGCAGUGGACCGCCUGAAUUAUGCCCAGUGGUAUCCUAUUGUAGUGUUCCUAAAUCCUGAUUCUAAGCAGGGUGUAAAGACUAUGAGAAUGAGGCUAUGCCCAGAAUCAAGAAAAAGUGCCAGAAAGCUGUAUGAAAGAGCUCACAAGCUACGCAAAAAUAAUCACCAUCUCUUUACAACUACCAUUAACUUGAAUUCAAUGAAUGAAGGAUGGUAUGGAGCUCUAAAGGAAGCAAUUCAACAGCAACAGAACCAACUAGUGUGGGUUUCAGAAGGAAAGGCAGAUGGUGCUACAAGUGAUGACCUUGAUUUACAUGAUGACCGCCUUUCUUACCUCUCAGCUCCUGGUAGUGAAUAUUCAAUGUACAGCACAGACAGUAGGCACACAUCUGACUAUGAAGACACAGAUACAGAAGGGGGUGCUUACACUGAUCAGGAACUGGAUGAAACUCUGAAUGAUGAGGUUGGGACUCCUCCUGAAUCUGCUAUUACACGUUCUUCUGAACCUGUUAGGGAGGAUUCUUCUGGAAUGCAUCAUGAAACUCAAACUUACACUUACGCAUCUCAAGCUCAGCCACAGCCAAAUCUCAGAAUAGAUUCUUCAGGAUUUAAAACAACUACUUCUCAGCCGAAAGCAGACGCCUCACCUGCAGUCCCUUACCUUUCCCCGUCGCCUGAAUCAAACCCUGCAACCUCAUCAACCUCUGCAGUAAAUGCUAAUGUAAACCUAACUAAUGUCAGACUGGAGGAGCCUACUGCUGCUCCUUACAACUCUUACCAACCACAAGCGGGCCCCUUAAGAACAUCAAGUACUGAGGGAGCUCAUAUAGUCCUAAGAGAUCAAGAGCCAUCAUCCUUAUCGCCGCAUAUAGAUCCAGCAAAGGUAUACCGGAAGGAUCCCUACAGUAAUGAAGAAGCAUCCAGACAAAGCUACAUCUUAAAACAGCCAGCAGUUAAUCACCCAGUUCAGAGACAGGAAAGAGACCCAAAUCUGAUCUAUGAAUCCCAGGCUCAGUAUGCAGAAAAACAGCCAAGUAGGGACUAUGAACAGUCAACAUACAGGUAUGACUCUACAAACUAUGUAGAUCAAUUUUCUCGAGGCUAUGACCCUCGCGUACACUAUGAUGACCGUGUGCCUCCCUAUGAGGAGCACUGGGCAUAUUAUGAUGAAAAACAGCCCUACAACCAAACAAGAACAGCUUAUGAAAACCAGCCUCCUAGGGAUCUUGAUUCCAGGCAAAAUCUAGAAGAGAGCACAGACCGCAGCUACUAUCCAGCACAACCUCGUUUUGAGGAACCCCCCCCAAUGAGCUAUGAUGGCAGACCUCGCUACGAGCACGCACCCAAAAACUUCAGCUUGCCACAAGUGCGAUACGAAGAGCAACACACUGCUGGAUAUGACACGCAUGGUAGAUACAAACAAGAAGCUCAGCCAUACCAGUCAGCCAUAUCUCGAUCUCCUGAGCCGAAGCAGUACUUUGAUCCACAUGUAAGGGGCUAUGAACAAGGUCCUUCUCAAGCUUACAAUGCUAAAGCUGGACAGUAUGAGCCCUCUCACAGUACUUCAGGUGUUUCUCUUCCUCCUCCCACUUCAUCACAAACCAAACCAGAAGUUUUGCCUUCUAACAGUAAACCACUGCCUACACAACCAUCCCUAGCAGAGGAAGAAGAAGAUCCAGCCAUGAAACCACAGUCUGUGCGAAGCAGGGUUAAGAUAUUUGAAAGAAGAAGAUCACCAUCUUUGGAAAAAUUGAAGGAGCCAAGUGAUACAUCAGCUGUCAAGCCUCCAGAACUAGCACCUAAGCCUACACUCACACCUGUGGGUGGUCCAAAACCAACUUCUCAAAGCCAGUAUGAACACGACAAAACAACUUUCAGGGCCCCAGAACCACAGAGACCUCAAGUGAAGCCACCUGAAGAUAUUGUGCGUUCAAAUCACUAUGAUCCUGAAGAAGACGAGGAGUAUUACCGAAAGCAGCUCUCGUACUUUGAUCGCAGGAGUUUUGAAAACAAGCCAUCUGCACAGGUUCCUGCUAGCCACCAUUCUGAGCCCACUAAGCCAAUACAUUCACAGAGUCAGCUGAAUUUCACCAAUUAUUCUAAGGGGAAGUUAGCUGACACAGAAUCCAUGGAUAGGCCUGUUGGUGAAAAACGCUACGAGCCAAUCCCUCAAGUCACAACUCCUCCUCCUGCUCCCUCAGUCCAGUACACACAACCUCAGUCGAUUAACAGUCCUGUCCUCUCUCUCCCAGCACAUCACAAGCCUGCACUUUCUGAAGGUGAGCAGUUAGAUAGCUUGCCUAUCUUGGUUAACUCUGUCUCUGACCCUCCUCCACCUCAGAACAAGCCAGCAAUUUUCAGAUCCUCUAGAGAGGACACUGUGCAGUCCACAUUUUAUCCUCAGAAAAGCUUCCCUGACAAAGGCCCUGUUAAUGGAACUGAGCAGAUUCAGAAAACAGUCAGUCCUUCUUACAACCGCUUUACAACAAAACCCUACACUAGUGCUGCAAGGCCCUUUGAGCGCAAGUUUGAAAGUCCUAAAUUCAACCAUAAUCUCUUGCCAAAUGAAGCUCAACAUAAACCAGAGUUGCCAUCAAAAUCUCCAAAUUCUCCUCAACCAAUUUUGAAAGCACACAGCUCAUCGCAGCCUCCCGAGUUUGACAGUGGAAUGGAUACCUUUGCUGUACAGGUUGACAAGCCUAAAUAUCAACCAAAUAAUGUUAAUGCUGUGCCUAAAGCCAUUCCUGUAAGCCCUUCAGCACUCGAGGAUGAGGAGGAAGAAGACGGACACACUGUUGUAGCCACAGCAAGAGGUGUAUUUAACAGCAAUGGUGGUGUACUGAGCUCCAUAGAGACUGGAGUUAGUAUUAUUAUACCACAAGGAGCCAUUCCAGAGGGAAUAGAGCAAGAAAUAUAUUUCAAAGUCUGCAGAGACAACAGUAUACUUCCACCUUUGGACAAAGAGAAGGGUGAAACGCUUCUUAGCCCCUUGGUAAUGUGUGGGCCACAUGGACUAAAAUUCCUGAAGCCAGUGGAGCUGCGCCUGCCACAUUGUGCGUCUAUGACCCCUGAUGGUUGGUCUUUUGCUCUAAAAUCCUCCGACUCCUCGUCGGGUGACCCCAAAACCUGGCAGAACAAGUCUCUUCCCGGGGAUCCAAACUAUCUUGUUGGAGCAAACUGUGUCUCAGUCCUAAUUGACCACUUCUAAAUAAUAAGUUAGCUGACUGAGUAAAUAAUGUGAAACUGAGAUGGACCUUACAUAUAAACUGAACCACUCUAUCAAGUAUUAACUGUUCUAUAAGUGAUAAUGGACCUUAGUGUUUAAGCAUCUUGCUUUAACUAACAAUGGUUUAGCAAGUACACUCUUUGAACCAUGGUCACAGUACAUGCCACAAGCAGGGAGUGUACAGUGGGAACAAGGUAGGGGUUUUGCAGGUUCUCUAUGCUUUGGUUUGUUGUUCUUUUGUGGUUUUUUGUUUUGUUUCGGUUUUGGUUUUUUUUUUUUGUUUGGGUUUGUUUUUUUUUUUU